AUGUCAGGACAUCACCGCAUCACCCUCGCUGCCAACCCCCCCUACUUCGAUGGCGACAAGUCCAAAUACCUGGGCUUUGUGGACGCGUGCACCACUUACAUCGGUGCCUAUCGAUCGGAGUUCUCACUGGAUGAGACAAAAAUCCUCUUUGUUCUGUCCUACCUCCGUAAUGAGACCGGCACAAGCUGCGCCGCCUCGAGAUGGGCGAUGAACUGGAAGCAGCACAACUUCGAGGGUUUCCAAGGAAUGAAGACGGGAGUCACCGCGACAACCUUCUUGGAGGAGUUCCAAAAGGCCUUUGGGGAUUCUAACGCAGAACAAGUCGCCGCUGCCCGACUCAUGGCCCUUCGCCAGGGGAGACGGUCCUUCGCGGACUACAUCUCUGACUUCGAAAUGCUGGCUGCGGACGCGGGGUACAACGUGGUCGCCUCAACCGAUGACAAGGGCGAGUACAAGAAGGGGGAUCAGGACAACAUCCUCAUCGAGUUCCUCGAGCGCGGACUCAGCAGCGAAAUUGCAAGCCGCCUCUACAACACCGGCGUUCCCCUGCCCAAGGCAUAUGGUGCCUUCAAGAACUGGUGCGUCAACAUCGAGGCCAAUGCCUUGCGCGAUCAGCUGCGUAAGGCAUCCUAUGCGCACUCAACUCCGCGGCCCCCACCCCAAUUCCGCCCUCAGGCUGCACCAUCAGCACCUGCACCCGCUCCGGCCCGACCAGCGGCCAAUGAGCCGGUUCCGAUGGAGAUCGAUCGCACCCACGCCCGUGGCCGCAACAUCAUCUGCUACAACUGUCAGCAGCCUGGGCACAUUGCGCGGAACUGCCCUGAGCCCAAGAAGAAGCGCACGUUCUUCAAUCGGGCCACAAUGCUAGAAGAAAUCGAGAACGGGGACAAGGACAACGAGUUCCUGAAGGAGAUCGCCGAGAAGCUGCGCGAGAAGGGUUUUUGA